AUGACUACUCCAGCUGGCUGCGUCCAGCUUCCUAGACAGGGGACUUUAGCCUGGGCAACGAAGGCCAGCCCCAUCUUGCCUUGUCCUCCCCACCCCCAUCUCGUCCCGCGUCCCAGCCAGAGGGAGAGCGCCACCCGGGCGAAGCGAGCGGCGAGCACGACUGUCCCGCCGCCCUCCGCCUCCGUGUGCGCCCGGGCCGCGGUGGACCCGCGAGGGGCGGAGUGGGCGAGACCAUUGGAAAUGCUGGGAAGGGGCAAAGCACAACUUUCCUCCGCUUCUCCCCCCGGGGCCGGACUCCUGCUGCCGCCCCCGACGCCACCGCCGCUGCUGCUGCUGCUGCUCUUCCCGCUGCUGCUCUUCUCUCGGCUCUGUGGUGCCUUAGCUGGACCAAUUGUUGUGGAGCCACAUGUCACAGCAGUAUGGGGAAAGAAUGUUUCAUUGAAGUGUUUAAUUGAAGUAAAUGAAACUAUAACACAGAUUUCAUGGGAGAAGAUACAUGGCAAAAGUUCACAGACUGUUGCAGUUCAUCAUCCUCAAUAUGGAUUCUCUGUUCAAGGAGAAUAUCAGGGAAGAGUCAUAUUUAAGAACUAUUCACUUAAUGAUGCAACAAUUACUCUACACAACAUAGGAUUCUCUGAUUCUGGAAAAUACAUAUGCAAAGCUGUUACAUUCCCACUUGGAAAUGCUCAGUCCUCUACAACUGUAACUGUAUUGGUUGAACCCACUGUGAGCCUGAUUAAAGGACCUGAUUCUUUAAUUGAUGGAGGAAAUGAAACAGUAGCAGCAAUUUGUAUAGCAGCCACUGGAAAACCAGCUGCACAUAUUGACUGGGAAGGUGAUCUUGGUGAAAUGGAAUCCACUACAACUUCUUUUCCAAAUGAAACGACAACAAUUGUUAGCCAAUACAAACUGUUUCCAACCAGAUUUGCUAGGGGAAGGCGAAUUACUUGUGUUGUAAAACAUCCAGCAUUGGAAAAGGACAUCCGAUAUUCUUUCAUACUAGAUAUACAAUAUGCUCCUGAAGUUUCCGUAACAGGAUAUGAUGGAAAUUGGUUUGUAGGAAGAAAAGGUGUUAAUCUCAAAUGUAAUGCUGAUGCAAAUCCACCACCUUUCAAAUCUGUAUGGAGCAGAUUGGAUGGACAGUGGCCUGAUGGUUUAUUGGCUUCAGACAAUACUCUUCACUUUGUCUAUCCACUGACUUUCAAUUAUUCUGGUGUUUAUGUCUGUAAAGUGACCAAUUCCCUUGGUCAAAGAAGUGAUCAAAAGGUCAUCUAUAUUUCAGAUGUUCCAUUUAAGCAGACCUCUUCCAUCGCUGUAGCUGGAGCUAUUAUUGGAGCUGUCCUUGCCCUUUUCAUCAUUGCAAUCUUUGUGACUGUGCUGCUGAGUCCCCGAAAAAAGAGACCAUCCUAUCUUGACAAAGUGAUUGACCUUCCACCCACACAUAAACCAUCUCCUAUGUACCAAGAACAAUCCCCUCCUUUGCCUCAAAAAGAACUUCUAUAUCAAACCGAGCACUUACCUUUGCAGACUCAGUUCAAAGAUAGAGAUGGCGACAGUCUCCAGCACUCUAAUGGACUAAAUAGCAGGAGAUUUGACUAUGAAGAUGAAAAUCCCGUGGGGGAAGAUGGGAUCCAGCAGAUGUACCCCCUUUACAAUCAGAUGUGUUACCAAGACUGGAGUCCUGGCAAACAUCAAAACAACGACCCUGAGAGAGUGUACAUCAACUCACAAGAACAUUACGUGUGAUUUUCUUCUUUUUCCAAUGUGUCUCCUAACAAAUGUUUAUUCUUAGAUUGGAGAGAGAAACUGAGGGCAAUAGUUAUUUUAGUCUCUCUUAUAUAAAACAAUCCCAGCCUAAGUGUAUCAGAAAUUGUAGUGAGUGACUUGGAGCCAAAGUGAAUUUAAUUCUUUCAUU